AUGAAAAAGCUCAGCGAUAUGGAGGAGCAAUCGAAGCAACUGGAGAAGGAUCUAGGAGGAUCCAUCAAUUUCUGCCACAACGAUGUUGAGAGCAUAUUAAAAAAAAUCGAGGUACAGGACAGCAAAUUGAACUUAUAUUUACAAAAAAUAGAUAAACAGAACGAAGAAAUAGCAUUAUUAAAAACCCAAAAUCUCAAACUUCAAAAACAAGUAUGCAAUUUAGAACAAUAUUCGAGAGUAAACUGUGUCGAAAUUCAAGGAAUUCCAACUGAAGCGAAUGAGGACGUGAAAAGCCUGGUGUUGGCAGUGAGCAAAGCGUUGGAUCAUCCCAUCGACGAGAAGCUGAUCGACAACUGUCACCGACUUCCAUCCAAAGACAGAGACAGACCGCCUGCAAUUAUAGCCAAAUUCGUUAGGCGUUUCGACAAGGAGGCCCUGCUGCAAAAAAGAAGAAUAAAGAGGGACUUCUCUACGCGACACCUUGGACAUCAGCAGAUCUCUCCAAUCUACCUGAACGAGAGCUUAUGUCCCGAAAGAAGACGUCUCCUAGCGUUGGCGAAAAAGGCUAAAGGUGAGGGAAAUUUCAAGUACUUGUGGGUGCGAAAUGGCAAGGUGCUAGCUAGGCGCACGGAUGGACAACCUGUAAUUGUCAUAGAGACCGUCCAGGACUUGAACAAGCUAGUUGACACGUCCAAGUAG